AUGGCUCAAAUUCAAUAAUUUUAAAAAAUAACAUAAAUAAGAUAAUCAGAAUAUACUCAAAAAAAUCCAGAAAAUGAAAAUCUUUAGGAUUUAAUACAAAGAAAAUAAAAUGCUGAAUAUGGCUUAAACGGACUAGAUAAAUAAGAUAUAUCACAGAUUAAAAGAUUCGCUCAUCCCCCAAUAAUUGUAGAAAAAGUGAUGAUAAUUGUGUGCAUUUUAUUGAGUCAUACAUUUAGAGAAGAAAAUUAAAAUUGGUCUGCUUGUUAAAAGAUAAUUUAUAAUAUGUAAUUUUUGGGAAAACUUAGAGCUUUAGAAAUAGAAAAAAUAAACGAUAAAUAAUAAUAAUAGCUUUAAUAUAUCCAUUCUAUCUCAGAAGAACAAGGUUAAAGAGUAUCAUUUGUUUGUUAAUGUUUUUAUAAAUGCAUUAAGACCAUUGUAGAAAUUCGAGAAUCUUAGUAUUACAAAGUAAAGAGAUAAAUACAAUUAAUUGAGUGA